UCUGCAUGCGUUUCGCAUCGUACGCCGUUCCGUGUCGAGUGAUUCAUUUGUCUUCAGCACCUAAAUUCUCGUAAGUUGUAAUUGCUCUUUGUGCUCGGUAGGACAAACAACAGUCGUCACAUUUGUCCCCUCUCGAUCGAUCAGCUGAUGUUCGUACACACUGAAUCAAUCGCUGCACUGGCUCUGCUGGUGGUGCUGCUUUGUGAUUGCGUGCAUUUUACAACGGUACAUCGUUACAGUAAUUGAAGCCCGCAUUGAAGCACAAACACACACAGAUACGUACUUAGCCGAUUACAUACCGAGGAGAAACUUCUAACAUCGAAGACGAUACGGGUGCCCUUCACGCUUUGCAGCGAUCGGGAAGUGGUAGCACUGGUGGGUGUUGUUUUGUUAUCAGUAGCUACAAUCGUGCACAUAACGCACUCCGAAACUCCGACAUCAUCUGUCCAGCAGUGAGAGAGCAGCCUCCAGUCUUUGUUGCGAAUCGCGAGAAACAUCACACAACGUUAGGCAAGCGCCAUGGUUUAGUGACGAUAGAGUGCCAACCCGCCCAUCGAUCGAUGACUAACAACCGAAGCCUAGCGAGACAAGCUUGUGACGAGUGAAACAACACCGGAAGCAGAACAGUGUGCAGGUCAGAUCGGGAUGGAUUUUGCUACGAAUGUGAGACCGCUACUGCAGGACACCGACGACCGGGAGACGGACAGUGAUGCAUUCCUGGAUGAUGAGUACGCCGGAUCGAUAAAUGCCUCGACCAGUAACAUUCCCGAUCCGGCGAAGGAAAAUGCCACCGAGACGCGGAUCAUUGCCGGCGGACAUCGGAUUGCACCGACCGACAAGUUCAACUACACGUACGCCGUGUUUUACCUCAUGGGCAUGACGACGAUGGUGCCGUGGAACUUUUUCGUCACGGCCGAAGAGUACUGGCAGUACAAGUUCCGGAACGUAUCGUCCAAUGAUACGUCCGCGCUGACACCGCGCCAGCUAGAGUUCCAGUCGGAUUUAAGCAUUGCUGCGGCCGUCCCGGGCACUGUGUUUCUCAUCCUGAAUGCCUGCAUCGGCCAUAAGGUUCCGCUGCACGUGCGCAUGCUUGGGUCGCUCAUGUUUAUGCUGCUUAUCAUGAUCGGUACGACGGCACUGGUGCGCGUAGACACCGACCAGUGGCAGGAUGCGUUCUUUAAGCUCACGAUGCUAUCCGUCGUGGUGAUAAACAGUUUUUCAGCCAUUCUCACCGGUGGAUUGUUCGGUAUAGUGGGACAGUUCAGUGCCCACUACAUGACGGCCGCCGUCAGUGGGCAGGCACUGGGUGGAAUAUUCUCGGCCGUGGCCGACAUCAUCGCGCUUACCUUCGCCAGCAAUCCGUCCACGACAGCGUUUGUGUUCUUCAUCGUCGGUUGUCUUGUGUUGGUGCUGUCCCUUGUCGCGUACGUCGUCAUGUCGAAGACGCUAUUUUUCAAGUACUACACCUCCUCGAAAACUUUGAUGAAAAGUUCACUGGAAGCGAAUCCCGCAACGAGGGAGAUCUGUGCCCGAUUAGAGCCCCGGUUUUCGGUGGUAAUGCGCAAGAUUUGGAUUUACGGGUUCGCCGAGUGGUUAGUGUUCGUUACAACGCUUUCGAUCUAUCCGGCCGUAACGGUGCUGGUGGGAUCGCAAAACCAUGGCCGACCGUGGAACGAUGUAUAUUUCCUACCGGUUGUGAACUAUCUCCUCUUCAAUACGGGCGAUUACUUGGGACGUGUUUUUGCUGGACUGUUCGAGUGGCCGUGGAAUAACUCCAUCCUGAUUGGUGUGCUUACGAUCGGCCGGAUAGCGUUCGUUCCAGCGAUGCUGCUGUGCAACAUAACUCAGCAUCACAACUUCCCCGUCCUUAUACACUCGGACUACAUGUUCAUCGUGCUGAUGGCCGCAUUUGCCCUGUCGAAUGGAUAUCUUGCCAACAUUGCGCUCAUCGGUGCACCGCGAGUCGUGGACGGACAUGAGAAGGAGAUGGCAUCGUCCAUGAUGGCCGCCUUCAUGGGUGUCGGACUGGCGUGCGGUUCUGCCAUUAGUUUAAUGAUCAUCGAAAUGAUCAAGUGAUACAUAUUUUCCUUAGACCAAAUGCAAAGUUGCAGUUAGUGACAGAGUUAAAGACAGAAAGAGUAAUUCCCGGUUUUGGAUGCACUCGAUGAAAAAAACAAAGGUACGUUCUCUAAGCAUUAUCCCACUCUAGCUCUAGCAGGAACUGUUAUACACAAUAUUGUUAUACACUGCGGGUACUAUUAUUGCCGCCUUCGUGAUCGUGAUCGUGGGUAGACUUUAUGUAGUGACAAUUUUAUGAUUUUCAUCGUUCGAACACCGCGCGCUAGCUGUAGUGCGAAUGGUCACCGGAAAAGGGAUUAGGGACCGAGCAAAGUUAACUAUACAUUAUACACACAUCGAACUCUGUAAGAUACUUAUUUAUAUCAAUCACGAUGUCCAGCCCAUCGAAAAGGGAAUUCCCUUCUAGGUGGCAGAGGCGUGAUGUGAUAGUAUGCAUCAUCACAUACCUGUACGGGAAUUUAAACAUAAUCCAACUAGACCGAGAACAGAUGCAAAUUGAGCGUGCAAACGUGACGCAAUAAAUGGUGCUCAUAUAUGUAAC